UUGGGAGCUAGAAGAAGAAGACAGGCUGGAAAAAUUGACUCUGAAAUCGAAACCAGAUUGCCUGCUGCAAUAGUAGAACUUCGCCGUUGGACCUCAUCGGAAGCUCUAGGAGAUGUGACAGUUGCUCCUGAUUGCGUGAGCCGCCUUCACAGCAGUUUAAAUCAAACUCAGACUAUGUCUUGGACAUAUAAUGAUGCUUCUGGAAGUUCGCCGACUAGAGAUGAUGUAGACGCAGUUAUAUCUGACGAUGAUCAACCUAUUGAUCAUAAAUUACCAUCCCCCGAAGAGCAAUUGCAGGCAGUCGCUUUGAAGUUCCCAGCCGUUGUUGUCGCUGUCGAUGUGACUGGACGACGAUUCGAUCGCAUGUCUCGGUACAGGCGAACCGCAAUUGGUACAUCAUCUACCGCCAGUUCCAGCGCGGCCAACACAGCUGGACCAUCGAACGCUGGUGGUAGUACUACCACCGCUUCGGGUGAGGGUGACCUACCAUCGGGAACUGUUCGAAGACGAUCAUCAAGACCAAGGAAACCCAGAGGGAAAAGAAGGAACACGAUAGCAGGCACCGAUCGACAGGAGAUACAGCAAGCUGUUAAUGGCGAACACAGCAACCCGGAUGCGAUCGAAAUUGCCUCAACCGUCCCUCAGAUCACGUCUCCCGAUCGUUCCAGCCGAAGUCAUUCCGGUGAUCCUUUGAAGUCAACAACAAAGCGUUCGCACUUCAGCGCAUUGAUCAGACAAUGGGGUAAAUCACGUCUGAAGUUAACGAAUUUACGAUCAUCUGACGCCAAAGUUUCCGAGAUUGAAAAUGUUAAUCUCCAAGAAACACGGGCUGACCAUGAACCAAACGAGUUCCAGCAUCAACACCAGAGAAAGUAUUCAUCUUCGUCGGAUAAAUCUUCUGCGGUGGCGGUGGUGAGAUUAAGAGAUCCUACAACGCAGCGAAGAAACAGAGAUGAACCUCAUUCUUCGAGCGGAAAUUGGAGCGCUAGUUCCGAAAGCGGGCGAGCUUCUAUAGGAUCCGAAACCACUACGACCCAGCCUAGGUCCACUCCUACAAUUUCUGGUUCCUCUGGAAUGACUCCAGGCUCAGUUGGAAGUCGCAGAAGGUUUGCUGAUACCUCUGCUUCAUGUAGCGAAGGGACGCUGACACCUGAUUUGGCCUCUCACAUCGAUGAUGAGACAAGUUCGGCCUAUUCUUGUGACACGGAAGGAUAUUACACUUCAUUCCACGUUGACAGUGGUCUGAAAACGCUCAGGGAAGAAGAUGCAACUAUGCCGGUGACCCCUCUUCACUGUUCUAAUGCAUUGCACACCACUGGAGAAAGCGAAUACGAAUUAUUCGGUAGAGGAUCGACUUCGACUACUACAAGUUCAGCUGGAACAGUUUGUACUACUUUGCGAGCUUCCGGUAGCGAUAGAAGUUUAAUGGUAGGGCCUGCAGUACCAGAGCGCAAAAGCUCGCUGACUAAAUUGGACAGAAGCGGGUCAAGCAGUAGCAAUAUAAGUGGCACUUUAGAUCGUUGUGGUACAAUAAAACGAAAUGGUAUUCUACUCAAAAAAGAACCCACGGCUAGUCCCAAUGGAUGUUCUGAGUUUUCUUCAGAAUUUUCGGAAAGCUCAGACGUAGAGGGUGCUGAUAGAGCAGAGCGGAUAAGGGCGAAAACAGCAAUUAAUUCAAGUCGCAUUCCAUCUAUGUGCGCUAUAACUCCACCUCAUAGCGACGACGAAGGAGAACAAAGUGAUAAUUCUUCAUCGAAACGAGAAACGUCAUCAAAGCAUGUCGUUAUGAAUACAAUUCCUGGAACUUCGAAAAUUCAGCUAAUUAACGUUGAUCGCGAAACGGGCUACGCGACUGUCGAAACCGUUCAAACGCCUACGCGAACUUCACAUGAGAGCGUGCGAACCACCACUUUAUCAGCUCUGAAGAAAUCGCCCCUAUGGGGUAAGAUUCGUGGAGUGUUGCCACAUUUGAAAAAAUCCCCCGUGGCAACUAAGUUGGACAUGACUGAUGGAGGCGAAUACGUUACAAUUGCAGAUGUGCGGAAUAAUAACGAGAAAGCAACAAAACCCAUUGAGCAGAACUCAAGUUUUUCCACAUCAGAAUACGUCAGUUUAGAUGAAUUGCCGCGAAUUUUGCCUUCAAAUAGCAAAUCGAUUGAUAGCGCGUCCAGCGCAUCGUCUCUAGAGCGCAGACGCGUGGCGGGACAGGGCGCUCGUGUCACCGUCGAUUGCGAAGGACGCGUCGUGUACUCGAGUAAUAGUCUUAAGCGCAACAAGCAGCAUAGCACAUUCGAACCAGGACCGUGUGUGAAGACGGCUAAAGAAUCGCCAGCCACCGGUAAGCUCGUGGUCCGAGCGGGAGAACCAGCGGAACGAGUUCAUCCUAUCAUCGCUCCUACGACGAGGAUUCCAUCUGCAAAUCAAACUGGAGCGUACGUCAACAUUCAGGAUAGUGAUCCCACUAGAACGAUAGAAUCAGCACUUUCGUCUAAUGCAAAGAAUGCCAUUAAAGAUAGUUUGACAUCAGCGAAUCAAUCUAAUUUCCAAAGGAAAAAUCCAGCUUAUUGGACCCUUCAAAUGAAAAAAUCAUCUAAGGAAUUUGUGCCUGUACCUAUGAGAUGUCUGACCCCAGAAUUGCAACUAAAAGAAGAUAAUAAUCAAAUGAGAUGUUCAGAAAGUUUUAAUAUGAAAAAGGAUAUAACUGAUAAGUUUUUCCCAAUCGUAGCAGGAAACAGUAAACAUGAAAAUCUAAUUUGUAGACCAGAUGUAAAAAUUUCACCUAUAGAUCCUAGAAAUAUUGGAACUUUUCAAUCAUCAACUCCUUCGAGACCAGAAGCAGAUACUCAAAUCAUAUCCGAAAACAAAAAAUCAACAAUGACAAAUGAAGAGUUAUAUGCAGUAAUACAUAAAAGUAAAAAGAAAUUGAACCUCAAAGGAGAUGUUAGUUCCCCCUCACGCGAUUUAGAAUCCAGAUCUAGAAACAGCUGGGCUGUUAAUGAUAAAGCAAAAGGAUCUAUAAGUGACCUUAAAUCGGGUUCUUUAUUGAAUCAACCUGGCCAACGACAAAGUUGGGCUUGCAUUGAUAGGUUAGGACCAACGCCAAAAACUUCAAGAUUAGAUUUCAAAAAAUUACUUCUUCAACACAGCUCAAAAUCAGUACCUGUUUCACAAACAAAAAAAAUAUCUGCAGUGGAGCAACUGAAAUUGGAUAGAGAGAAGAAAGAAGCAUCAGGUGUUUCUAGUCCUAUUAAUAUUUUAGAUUUAAGCUCAUCUCCAAAAUCCUUUGGUGGACGUAAAAUGAUUAAUAAACAAAGUUUCAAUACGUUUUCUUCAGCAACAAAUAAAGAUUCUUUACAAAGAAAUACAUCAAAAAUGACUUCCCCAAAAAGUACUUGGCGUUUUUCUCACCCUCGUUCUGAUAUUUUGUCAUCUCCUAUUCAGGAAGUUUGUGCGGAAGAAGAUAACCCAUGUCUAUCAAAUGAAUUGGCCAAAGUAUCAUUAAAACCUAUCCCAUUGCCAAGCUCUAUACCUGCAAUCAGGCCUGGGCCGAUAUUGGCUUAUCCUAGUCUCUGCCCUAUCAAAGAAUCUGACUCAUCGCCAAGUAAGCAAAGUGAUUCCAUAGAUAAAGUUUCUGGUUCAAAAUUAAAAGAAAACUUAUUUUUAAAAAUAGAAGAAAACAAUUUCAUGAAGUCUGAGUUAAUAAAAAAUCCUAGGAUGACUUCAAAUAUUUCAAGGAACCAAUUAUUGCAAUCACAAAGAGCCCAAUUUUUAGCCUCUAAUAAUACAAGCCAAUUACAAAUAACCGCACAAUUUAAAAACGGUCAUUAUACAGGAAUCACAACAGGGGGACAAAGCAUCAGAAAGAGUGAAAUACCUAAACCGCCAUCUCCAACUUUAGAAACUGCUCUUUGAGACACAUUUUUGUUUGUGUAUAGAACUAAGUUAUAGAAUGUCUAGUUAUUAUACAAAUUGUAACAGGCUAACUACUAUGUAAAUUGUAUAUUUUAUUUAUAAUGUGAAACAAUGGUUAAUU